AUGAAGCUUGUCUCUACCUUGAGCGCCUUCGCGCUUGUAGAUGCUAUCAUCAUAAUUCUGCUGUACUUCAACGCCGAGAAGUAUUGCGACGUACCUCUGAAUAUGUGGCUAGUAGUAGGACUGAUGCUGAGCAUUCCUUCGUCCGUUGGGGCCCAUUACGUUAAAAAGUUCUACGGACACAAGGCGGGGCUCGUCGCAGAAGUCGUAUUACUGACUGCAAGCUUCUUCUGGAUGGCCGUAGGCACUAUUGACGUAUGUCGGAAUGAGAUUAAUAAGUCACUGAACGACAGAUAUCCAUGUCUACGACAUGCCAAACCACAAAUCCAGCCAUUUGGUGGGCUGUAUUUGUAUCCGUCACAUUAUUCUGGUGCACAGUCGUAG